ACUCGUGGCUGUGCGCAGAGGAGGCCACAGAGAAGCAGAUCAGUGAUCACAGACCGGUUUACUGCAGCUUCACCAUGCUGGACACGCUCACCUUCCUCCUGGAGAAGCUCUUCCUCCUCGCACACAUCAAGCUCUCCAGCCUGUUGCCUCCUCUGGGCGUAGAGUGCGCAGAACCGCCGCCCACCAGCAAGUGCUGUGACCGGGAAGACUCACCGCCGCAGCCCGCCUCAGCCUCUCACCGGUUCCAGCGGGGAGACCUGCUGGAGGUUCCCCGGACUCUCUUCACUCACUUUGGCAUCUACCUGGGCGACGACCGGGUGGCGCAUCUCAUCCCGGACAUCCUCCCGGCGCUGAACGCCGACAGCCGCCAGAUCGAGGAGAUGGUGACCAACACGCGGCUGCUGGUGGGGGUCAUCGCGAAGCGCGCCAGCGUGCGCGUGGACUCUGUGGAGGACUUCGCGUACGGCGCAGGGAUCCUGCUGAACGCCAUGGACCACUCGGUGCGCAAGAGCCCGCUGGCCGGGGAGGAGGUGGCGCUGCGGGCGGAGCGGCUGGUGGGCACCGUCGCCUACAGCCUGCUAUGGAACAACUGCGAGCACUUCGUCACCUACUGCCGCUACGGCACCGCGCAGAGCCUGCAGACCGACAAGUUUUGCGAGUGGCUGAAGUUGCUGAUCCGGGACCAGCGAAACGCCAUGCUGACAGCACUGCUAGGGCUCCUUUCCAUGGCUUAUAUGGGAAUAUCCGUCAGCACCGCCCUGCCAGCCUUCCUCAUCCCCUUCACCCUGUGGAUGGCGAGCUAAGAGCCGCCUAGAGCUGCACUUAAUGUCAGCGUUCAAGCCUUACCGCUGGUUCAGAGCUCACUGAGCCGCCAUAUUGGAAGACCAACAGUGUGAACGUAGUCUUCUGCAAACAUUUUAACUUGCUUUUAAUUUUUUCAGGGUUUUUUUGUUGUUGUUUUUUUAAAAAGAGGAAAAACUGGAGACGGGUAGUUAACAGAAUUAGCAACAGGCUCAAAAUUCACCAAAACUCAAAAAUGUUGUGUCUCCAACGCAAUUUGGUUGACUAAUGAUGUCUCAAGGUGAAAGGUUAUGCUGGUAAAGGAACCAAAGAUGACUUAUUUAUUUUUCUAUUGAGACCAUACAUACGGUUCUGAAGGGUUUAUUGACUUGAAAAAAAAUUAACUCUUUCCAUCUUGACCGUCUUAAAAGUCAGUCGUUUAAUUUCCCUCCGUUUGAAUGUUCCUUUUAGUACUGUAACCAGGUGAAGCUCGUGUGUAAAUGUCUGUAGAUAGUCUACAUGACCUGAUUGUUUCCUAACAGUCACAAGCUUUUGUACAGAAUUAUUUUUUACCUCUUUGUAACAAUGUGCUGUGUCUUAUAUGUAAAUAAAGGAAAUG